UCCUAAAUGAUCAUUAUCACAGAUUAUUUGGCAUCAAAACAUUUUUAUCACACCCUCAUAUGCUCCUUUUUCUGUCUAUAAAAAGGGCAGAGUUGAAGGGUUUCUUUACUGGGUGUGUGAAAAUCAUUAACGCACUAUACAGGUUGAAAACAAAGGAGGCAGAAUGUCAAGAACAGCAGCAGAAACACACAUUAAAGAGCUUGGAAAAAUCUUUGAUAUAUGUGCUGCUAAAGAUGGAGACAGUAAGACAAUGAAUUAUAAUGAAUUUGAGGAAAUGAUUAAUACCAAUUUCCCAAACAUUGCUAAGGGGCAAAACCUGAAAGAAAUGAUGGCUAAGUUGGAUAAGGACUGCAGUGGUGAACUGGACAAGACAGAAUUUGGCAAAUGCAUAGGAAAUUUCAUUGCAAAAUGCUAACAAUAUUUUGAUACAAAGAGUUGCAAAACAAGCUGUAAACAUAAUUUAUAUGUGUUACAUACAUGGAUACAUUGCAUACAACUGUAUAUAAAAUAUUUAAUAAAUGGAAUAAGUAAAACAUU